CACACGCCAAAGCACCCUACUUUUAGUUUCAUCUUAUACAUGUUAUAGGCAGUGUACUGAUUUGAGAAAGACGCAAUAAUGGAUGAAAAUAGGAGAAACAUGUUAAUAAAGUUUCCUUGUUUAAUUCCACAAAAUGCAGAUUUUACUGAAUAUGAUGGAUAUAUUCAAAUUUUAGAUGAAGAAUACAGAAUGAACAUUAAACUGCCAAAAGAUGGAAAACUUAAAGACGCAAGACUAACUUGUGAUUGGAAACUAGAACAGAUUUUGAAAAAGUAUGAUAAAAUUGUGAAGCAGAGGCUGAAUCAAUGUGAAAAUCUUUCAGCCUUCUUAGAAGAGCUCGGAAGCAUUGCUGAGAAACAACUUUGUUUCCAAGAACAAAUGCAGCCAACGAUUCAAAGGAACAAUUGUGCUCAGCUGAUUUCAGAACUGGAGAAUAUUGGAUGGGAAAAAGUUGUAUCUGUAAACGCUGAUUUUCAGUCAUUCCAAAUCAAGUUUGUAGAUCUAAAACAACGACAGCAUGUGAUGCAAAUUAAGCUUCAUUCCCAGCAUCCUAGACAAGCUCCUACAAUCAUUGUUGACCUACCUGUCAAAUUUGAUAUUGUUUGGACCGCUUCUAGCACACUUUUAGAUGUUUUCAACCAGUUUGUUCAUAAUGUUGAUCUCUACCAAGACUUAUGGAACAACUUAAAUGAACUGGACAGAAAAACAUGGAUUCUAGAACCAGACAACCCAACAUUUUCUGCCACAAACAGAAGAAUAGCUAUUAGUGCAAAUGCAUCCAUACAAAUAACUGUAGACCCCAAACAUCCAAGUAGUUUACCUGACAUCAAGUUCUUGGGCUCAAAUCAGGCCACAAACCCUUUGCGAGAGAACAUGACAUCUAAUUUACAUCUGUGGGAUGAAAAUGAAGGCCUUCUGCACAAUUUAUCUUCUCUACUGGAAGUUACGUUUCCAUCUCCGUCUAAUUCAAAGAAGGAGGACUUUAGUGCUGACUGUGGGAUCUGUUACUCGUACCGUCUGGGAAUGGAGAUUCCGGAGGAGGUCUGUAAUGACUCCCGCUGCGCCCAGCCAUUCCAUCAGACAUGUUUGAUUGAAUGGCUACGUGGUCUUCCAUCUUACAGACAGAGUUUUCAAACCAUCUUUGGGGAGUGUCCAUAUUGUAGCACCCCCAUAACAGUGAAAAUGUCUAUCAGGAAAUGAAAAAUUUCAAUGCUUGUGCAAAUUGUUUCACAUGUUAAACAUGAAAAUCGGCAAAAUUUAGUGAUGUUUGUACAAAUCAUUAUCAAAGAUCAUUUCAAACACUUGUAUUUUAUAAUGAAUUUAUUAAAACACAAUAUUUAUCCAUA